AUGAAGUAUAGACAACGUGUACUUGGUUUGAUACUUGUUUCACCUUUAUGCAAAGAACCAUCUUGGACUGAGUGGUCAUGUCAAAUUUACUCUAUUUUGUGGCAUGUGCGGGGUGGCAAAGGAAAUGUUGCUGAAGUGGACAUUCGAGGUGGUGCUCAAUUCCCAGAGUCAGAUAUAGUUAAAGCUUGCCGAAGGUUAGCUUAUAACUUCUCACUGCUCCAGCUCUUCCGUGACGACACUAUCCUCAUCAAGGGCAAGAAAAGGAGGGAUACUGUUUGCAUAGCUCUUGCUGAUGACACCUGUGAAGAGCCCAAGAUCAGGAUGAACAAAGUUGUAAGGUCGAAUUUGCGGGUUCGUCUUGGAGAUGUUGUGUCCGUGCACCAGUGCCCUGAUGUGAAGUAUGGGAAACGUGUGCACAUUCUGCCUAUUGAUGAUACCAUUGAAGGUGUCACUGGCAAUCUGUUUGAUGCUUUCUUCAAACCUUACUUCUUGGAAGCUUAUCGUCCUGUCAGAAAAGGAGAUCUAUUUCUUGUCCAUGGAGGGAUGAGAAGUGUGGAGUUUAAGGUCAUUGAAACUGAUCCUGGGGAGUACUGUGUGGUUGCUCCAGAUACUGAAAUCUUCUGUGAGGGGGAGCCUUUGAAAAGAGAGGAUGAAGAGAGGCUGGAUGUAGUUGGAUAUGAUGACGUGGGUAGAGUCAGGAAACAAAUGGCACAAAUUUGUGAGUUGGUAGAGCUUCCCUUGAGGCAUCCACAACUCUUUAAGUCGAUUGGUGUGAAACCACCCAAAGGUAUUCUACUUUAUGGACCCCCUGGUUCCGGGAAGACACUGAUAGCAAGAGCUGUUGCUAAUGAAACGGGAGCUUUCUUCUUUUGUAUAAAUGGACCGGAGAUUAUGUCCAAACUGGCAGGAGAGAGUGAAAGCAAUCUGAGGAAAGCAUUUGAAGAGGCUGAAAAGAAUGCACCAUCCAUCAUCUUCAUUGAUGAAAUUGAUUCUAUUGCACCCAAGAGGGAGAAGACACAUGGUGAAGUUGAAAGGAGGAUUGUUUCACAGCUUUUGACUCUUAUGGAUGGAUUGAAAUCUCGUGCUCAUGUUAUCGUUAUUGGAGCUACAAAUCGCCCAAAUAUCAUUGACCCAGCAUUGAGAAGGUUCGGUAGAUUUGAUAGGGAAAUUGAUAUUGGUGUUCCUGAUGAAGUUGGCCAACUUAAAGUUCUUCGUAUACACACUAAAAACAUGAAGCUCUCUGAUGAUGUAAGUUUCAUUGUCUCUUAACUUUGUUGGUGUCUAUACACUGUACCAGGUUGUGCAUGCCAUGCUGUGGCUCUGGUUGUAGGUUGUUCAUUAAUUCUUUAAUGUUCUUAAAUUUUCUGUUGCUUAACUCUAGCGCCGCUGUCCUAAAGUAGUGAAGAGUAUAUUUGAGAU